AUGGGUAUCUUUUGGGACGAAUUUUUAAUGGAAGUGCAAAGUAUUGAGGGCCAACCAAUCAAUCCACAAGCAAGAAUUUAUCCAGAAGAAAUGAUCCAGACAGGAAUAUCGGCGAUUGAUACAAUGAGUUCCAUUGCUCGAGGUCAAAAAAUUCCAAUUUUCAGUGGAGCUGGACUUCCUCAUAACGAAAUUGCGGCCCAAAUAUGCAAACAAGCCAGCUUGGUCAAAAGGAAAGACACUCUAGACACUUCCAAAGAAAACUUUUGCAUUGUUUUUGCGGCAAUGGGUGUAAAUAUGGAAACAGCCAAAUUCUUCAGGUCUCAAUUUGAAGAAAACGGUUCUCUUGAGAGAACUGCUUUUUUCUUAAACUUAGCCAGCGAUCCAACCAUUGAGAGAAUUAUUACACCAAGACUUGCUCUAACAGCCUCCGAAUAUCUAGCAUACGAAACUGAAAAACAUGUCUUAACAAUAAUGACUGAUAUGAGUUCUUAUGCAGACGCUCUAAGAGAAAUUAGUGCAGCAAGAGAAGAAGUUCCAGGCAGGAGAGGCUAUCCAGGAUAUAUGUACACUGAUUUGUCUACCUUAUAUGAAAGAGCAGGAAGAAUAGAGGGUAAAAAUGGAUCUAUAACUCAGAUACCCAUCCUAACUAUGCCAAAUGACGAUAUCACCCAUCCAAUACCAGACCUAACAGGGUAUAUAACUGAGGGACAGAUUUAUGUUGAUCGUAAAAUGCACAAUGCAGGGUUAUAUCCACCCAUCAAUGUUCUUCCAUCACUCAGCCGUUUAAUGAAGAGUGCUAUUGGGGAUAAAAGAACCAGAAGUGAUCAUUCUGACUUGUCCAAUCAGCUUUAUGCAAAGUAUGCUAUAGGAAAGGAUGCCCAAGCCAUGAAGUCUGUUAUUGGGGAGGAGAGUCUAACUGAUGAAGACAAGCUAUCUAUUGAAAGAGCUGCCGAACAGCUUUCUCCCUACAGCGGAAACGAGGAUUUAGAGGGCAAUGAUACGCCUAUAGAAUCAACUAAUUCGCCUAUAAAGAAACGUGCCAGGGCUGUGAGAAAUAAAACAGCCAACAAAGAUAAUUUACGUGGAAUAUUUGGUUCAACCAAAGAGCUGUUUAAUCCAAAAAGAAAGAUUUGCUUAGUGGUGAUAGAUGGAUAUGGCCUUCCAGAUCACUCAAUGGGAAACUCUGAAGCCGGCCACAUGACAAUUGGAGCAGGAAGAAUUAUUCCUCAGGGAAUUGAAAUGGUCAAUAAAAAUAUCAAAAAUAAUAAAUUGGAAUUGAGAAUAGCCAAUAUUUUACCGGAAAUGUCCAAUAGAAUUCACUUGGUAGGCUUAUUAAGCGAUGGUGGAAGAUAUUAUACAAUGGAUAGAGAUCACAAUCAUGAUAGAGUUGAUAAGGCUUUCAAUAUGAUGACCAGAGGAUGUGUUGAAGAACUUGAUUGGGACAUGAGGUUAUCUCUAAGUAUGGGAAAAGUCAAGUCCAUUUGGCAGAAACUGAAAAAUUUGCUCAUGUAA